CUCACGUGGAAAGUGUCCCUUAACAGGUCUGAUCAGCCACUUACACGUGGUAUGCUGCCCUCACGGGGCAACGUGAGAACUGCAUCUCGUCUUCAGUCUAUCAACGGUAAUGUGGGAUCAGCCUUUGUGUCAUUGCAGUGAGCCUGAUUUCUGUGCCGAGAUGAACCAACACCAGGUCACCAUCAUUUGGGGUGUGCUGGUGGGGUUUUCUGUUUUUGUUCCAACGUGUUCGGCAGGGGUUACAUCCACACUAUCGGCUACCAGUUUGACGUCAGGUAACUCGGGAAACCAUGUGAAUCAGAAUGCCGAGCGGAGGAAUGUCGUACUGACCCAGAACCUGCCUGCAAGUGCUGAACAGCUUCCGGCGGAGUUCAGUCUGGGAAGGAAAUCGUUUCAAAGCCUGGCCAUGUCAUCUGUUGCUCAGAUCCAAGAAGGUCGUCAUGCACUGCAUCAACUGAAGGCGUUAGAGACGAAUUGCCGCCACGCUACCCAGGCAAUAGUUGUUAUCGAUGCUGGCAGCUCCUCGACCCGCCCCAAUAUCUUUCUCAUGCAAACGUUAUCGUGUCCUUUCCAACAACGCACAGUCAUUCCACAUUCCAUCCGCCAAAUUGCGACAGGCAUGCGGCACACUCGUCUACGCGAGGUUUUAGAGAAGUGGCUGGAUCAGUACGCAGGCGAAGGUUGGGAGUCACGCAGUGUUGACUCACGAAUUCUUCUUCGAUUCUUUCGCCGGAUGCUGCAGACAGCAAAUGAGUUCUUUGGUGCUUUAGAGGAAAAUAUAGUGGGUCUGUUCGAGACACAUUUGUCAGAUGAGGAAAAGGUCCACGUCAAGGCUCUGGGUGUGCCCGUCGUCUUCUACAGUACCGGUGGCGUGCGUGAUUUCCACGACUGGUAUCGCGAUGGAUUUUUUGUCGCUCUGCGACACUCCAUCAACAACUUCUCCAAUAAGAUAAGUUACAAGUUCUUCACGAAUCCCGAGCUCACACGACCCAUUACUGGAGCGGAAGAAGGUCUGUAUGCAUUCCUGACGCUGAACCAUUUGACACACAGGCUAAAGGAAGAGAGCUCGUUUUGCGAUCGUGGAGAAGGUGACUUCAAGACGUGUCGAAACGAUUUGGCGGGUGUUGUAGAGUUUGGAGGUACGUCCGCCCAGGUUGUCUUCCCCCUUGCGCCGACAGACGUUUUGCCGUCUUCUGUCAAGGCCGUGAAUCUCCAGCGCGAGCGCUUCCUCCCCAAGAGAUACCCCAGUGCAGACGUCAUUUCCGUCUCGUUCAUGCACCUUGGCGUGGACAGCUCCACGGGCCUCUUUCUGAAGCAACUGUGUAGUGACGAGGAGUUUCUCAUCGACGGCGUCUGCUACAAUCCGUGCUUCUUCAAAGGCUACCAGCAGGCCUGCUCUGCAGGUGCAGUCUCGAUCAACCACGUGGACGGCACCGUGACUGUGAGUGGAGACAUGCGCAGGAACAAGCUGAAGCCGAUCGCCACGUACUGCUCAGAAACCAAUCCGGAAAUUGGAAUGAAGGCAAUCAACGAGCUUCAGUGCCGCGAAAACAAGAUCGAUCCGCAGCACCCGUUGGAAGAGCGCGUCGCGAUCGAGGGGUGCACGAAGAUUGUUGGAACUGGUGACUUCGACAGGUGCCAAGAGCAGGUCGAAAGAAUUCUCAUUUCGCCAAAGUAUCCGUUGCCGGCGAACAGCGAAGCGACGUCCUCCGGCUUCGAGUCUCUCGGCCAGGUUUUCAAGUUCGUGUCAACAAAUGCUCCGAUGGUUGUCACUGGUUGGGCAAUGGUAGCGGCCAUCCGUCUGCUUGUGAAAGCAGGAGUGUUGAGUUCGUCGUUUUCUGGUGGCUCUGUGGAGCUGGAGAAGGCAUCAAAAGCGUUUUGUGCGGCUUCCGUAAAGGUUUUGAAAGGGAUUGGGCCUGUCCUUUACCUUCCAGACAAGUUCCAGGAGAAGCUGAACUCGCAAAACCAUGACAUCUGCAAAACACUGGCACUCAACGCAGCGUUGGUGGCGCAUAUGGAGGCAGCCGAGAAAGGCCCUGUCUCCAUCAGCUGGGAAAAGGGUGUCAAGGACGAGAAAGGCCAGCAAGUUGCAGAAUUGGGUUGGCAGGUGGGAGCAAUCUUACAGCAGGUUUUGCACGUCCAGCUGUGGAGUAACGUGGCGUAUGAGACCGGCUGGACCCACAAUUUGUCAUUAGAAUAGUCAUAUCAUGGCUGUGGAUUAAAUCUGGCUUUAGUUCACUGUCCUUGAACGGCUGAAUCUGAGACCCCCGUUCCGAGGGAGGUGCAUGUUGAGGUCUUGUUGCCUGUGCAACAGGUCUCCAGAUAUAUUUUGAAAGUAGAGAGAAAAAGAGGUGUUUCGAACUCAGUGAUUUCUGACUGUUUCUAACGUGUUUUUUCCCGUGAUGUACCGUUUUUGUCAACUGACUAGCGGGGCCGUGUGGAAUUCUGUCAGCUAGAUCUCUGGUAUCAGGUGCAGGAAUGGGAGCUAUGGUUGCGGCCUAAGCAGUGUCCAUUCCGCCUUAGAGCUAUGCCUGCCUUCACCAGGAGACCUUAGGAGAGUUCAGUCUCUCUCAGUCUGGUAGUGUGAAUUCCUCUCUGGGCUCUCGAGGAUGACUUGCGACCAUGAUAGUCCUGCGUUGCCAGUUCGAGACGUCGACCUGGGAUGCCCCGCAACCGUGUUGCUCUAGCCUAGAAAAACUGGCUGUGUUGCGCGACUCCUCAGGGACUCGAAUCGUGCGUGUACGGUGAUGCAGAUUUUUUGUAGAGUCAUGACAAGCGUGGAACACUGCUGUGAAAGUUCGCCUGCUUAGCAACUGUCUGCCAUGUGCUGCGUUUUACCGUCAAGCUUGGCGUUGGAAAGGGGAGCUUUUCCUGCCUCGCCGAGGUACCUGUUAGGUCCCCGUGACCACUCUGCUUUCCAGUUAACAACUAUUCACACGAACGACGUGCUUUUAGCAGACCAGGAAUAAGAAUUGCUCCUGGGGCUGAGUGUCACUGCAUGCAAUUGGCAACCAAGGCAGAGGGGCGUUAGGCGAGGAAAAUUGUGGAUUCACGUCUCGCCACCAGUCUGCGUCUGAGUUGAACUGUAUACCUGUCG